AUGAAGAUCGUACUGGAUGUAAUAGAGACCCCGCCGGAUAAGAGUACAUAUAAUGAUAUAAAACGCGCAUUGAUAGAAAGGCUAGUCAGGUCGGAUGAAGCAAACUUAAGACAUCUCCUAUCCGGCCUUGAACUGGGCAACAGAAGACCGUCCGAGCUUCUAAGGGUAAUGAGCCAGCUCGCGGGGGCAAACGUCGGGAAGAGCGCACUCCGCGCGCUGUGGAUCCAGCUGCUUCCGAGCAGGGUGCAGGAGAUCCUGCCUAUAAUCGAUGAUGCGGACCUGCAACGAUUGGCGAAAGUCGCCGAUAAAACAAUGGAGCGUUCGGCGGCCGAGGUGCCGGCCAUUGCCGAUUUCACCCACGCCAAGCGGGUCACAAUGGCGAACACAACGCGGCACGACAGGCCCGGACGCCAAGAUGGCAACUUGGCGGCAAUCGCGACGCGAUUGUCUCGGUUAGAGAUCGAACUGAUCAGAAGGAACCGCAACCGCAGCAAGCAGCGUUUCUUCAGGAGGAGCGCCAGCCUAGAGGACAGCACGAGACGGAACGGGUUGUGCUGGUUUCAUCACAAAUUCGCCGAGCAGUCCUGGAAAUGCAGAAAGCCGUGUAACUGGACGGGCCCAGACAAACGUGGACCAGAAAAAAAUUAG